GGGCGCAGGUACCAGGGCCGGGGCCGUGGGCAGCAGCUGGGCGGGAGCCGGUGACAGCUCCUCUGAGGGCCGUGGAGCCCGGCGCGGGUCCGAGCGGCUUCCGCGCGGGCGAUGCUGGCAGGAGGGCCCGGGUCAGGCCUGGGAGGUUGCACGGAUGAUGCCCGCGGGUAUUCGCGGGUCUCAGGCAGCCCACACCCCAGCCCGAUGGCGACGUCCUUCCCAGGCAGGGAUGCAAAGCUUAGUUAGGAAUUGUCAACACCUUAGCGGGUCACGAGGAGACCGAAGCCUGGGCGUGCGUGGGCGCUGUGGAGAUAAAGAAGCUGAGGCACAGAGUCUUAAGUCAACCUGUCCAAGUCCAGACAGUUGGCAGACUUAAGUGGGACCGGAGACGCCCAAGACUUCACGCCAGCAUCCCUUUACCUUGCAAAGGAGUGGCCAUCACCACAGACGAUGUCCUACGUUUUUGUGAAUGAUUCUUCACAGACCAAUGUGCCCUUGCUUCAAGCUUGCAUCGAUGGAGACUUCACCUAUUCCAAGAGGCUUUUGGAAAGUGGCUUUGACCCGAAUAUCCGAGACAGCAGAGGCAGAACGGGCCUUCACCUCGCCGCGGCCCGAGGGAAUGUGGACAUCUGCCAGCUGCUGCAUAAGUUUGGAGCUGAUCCACUGGCCACGGAUUAUCAGGGGAACACGGCCCUCCACCUGUGUGGCCAUGUGGACACCAUUCAGUUCUUAGUUUCCAAUGGACUCAAAAUUGAUAUUUGCAAUCAUCAAGGUGCUACUCCUUUAGUUCUGGCAAAGCGCCGGGGUGUGAAUAAAGAUGUCAUCCGACUGCUGGAGUCUUUGGAAGAACAGGAAGUAAAGGGAUUUAACAGAGGUGCGCACUCGAAGCUGGAGACCAUGCAGACGGCAGAGAGCGAAAGUGCCAUGGAAAGCCAUUCUCUGCUCAACCCCAACCUCCAGCAAGGCGAAGGCGUCCUGUCCAGCUUCCGGACCACGUGGCAGGAGUUUGUGGAAGACCUGGGUUUCUGGAGGGUCUUGCUGUUGAUCUUGGUCAUUGCUUUGCUGUCUCUGGGCAUUGCCUACUACGUGAGUGGGGUGUUGCCCUUUGUGGAUAACCAGCCUGAGCUAGUGCAUUGAGGGCUCCUGGGGAUAGGCAAGGGGCCUGUCAGUGUGGCUUUUCAGUUCUUAGACUAUUCCUUAGGCAAGGCAGCAAGGCCUGUCUAUGUUUAGGAUUUGUAUUUACCGUGAUCCUUAUGGAAGAAUGACGUGUCCCACUGAACUUCGUCCUGCCGUUGGUUAGACUCAUUCUCAUGCUACCCUCUGAUGCAGCCUGUGUCCCCAGGCUUGUGUGACCCAAGUGUGGUGCUAACCAGGUGGACACUCAAGAGAGAGGCUUGGGAGGCCUCACAGUGGGACCCGACCUUGUGGAGGAGCAGUGACCAGAAAGCGGAUUUCUUUUUCUAGGAUUCCAUUUGCCAGUGGCUUUGUUUUCUCUCGUUUGUUCCUUUUGCAAGAGUUGUAUUCUGUUUUUAUUUACUUUCCUGGCAAGAGGCGGGAGUGAAAACUUUCAACUUGAAUUUUAAUUACUUUUACAAUCUAUAUGACAAAUUAGAACUGUUAGGAAUUUUGACUUUAAAAGUAUGUAGUCAGACAGUAGACAGGUUUGGAAAGCGAACAGUCUUCUCUCUGACAGGAUUGGCCUGAUCAGGGUUUAGUUGCCAUGGAGCAGUUUUGAUUCAGUGUAAACUGAUUGCUUGCAGUGUCUGAAAACCAACUUUUUAUGAGUUCAGCUCAGUCUUCAGUCUCCUCCCAUUUUUACUUUUGAGAUGUCCCAUUCAGAAAAACACCAGGAAAUUCUUUGUAGUGAAUAGUCACUAGAGAGAGUCCUCUCCUUCACUGUCACCAAACUCAGGAGUGCCACCAAGACAGCGACACAUGAGUCUGUAAGCCAGCCGUGUCACGAGGCUCACCACAGCUAACCAUUGGUCUGAAGGAACACAUUCAGGUCAGCAGGAGUCCAGCAGUGGAGUGGGGAGCAUUUCUGAGUUCAGAGUCCUAGACAAUACUCUGCUGCUGCUGCUAUGAUGUCGUCCCCUGUGCACAGGUGCAUUCACAUAAUGAAUGGGAAUCUGGGCCUACGUCACAGCUUCUCAGCAUCUCUGAAAGCCCUCUUUGCUUCUGUGGUAUAGAAAUCAUGUUUCUUAUGUUAUUACAGAGCAUGGAGGUUUAAUAAUGAGUAAAAUUUGAAACUUGCAGUGAAGGGCUAAUGGUUCUCUUUUCUCUAGCAAAGGCACCCCUGGCCACCUGUCUGGGCAGAGUGGCCCUUCUGUGAGCCUCUCGCUACUGGUAUCUUCUCCUCUGCUUUCAGAUACAUAGCCCUGACACUUUUCUUUCAGGUGGCUUUAUCCUGUCUGAAGGAACUGUUUUACAGCUCUUCACUGGCUGUUUCAGAAUUAGCUUGCAGUGUCUUGCUUUUCACUAAUCAUGUUUGGUAGACGCAGGCUUUUGCUUUUGCAUGGAGAACACUAGCAUUCAAGUUCCAAGCAUGCUCAGAACGAGUGCUUUGGAAUUAUUUACCCUCUGUAAGUCAGAACAUAUGUAAUAUGUAAAUAUUUUGCCUCUACGAUCCCUGCUUCCUGCCCAGUGCUGGUUUCUGUGCAUCAUGUGUUCCACACUGCAUUUAACUGCUUUCAAUAAAUGCAUUUAUAAAUCCUUC